GGGAAUAUUCAGUUAGUCAGAUUCGUUGACCGAAUCCACAACCUAGAGUCUACAAAAUUGAAGUCUACAAGUACAAAAUGGAAGCCUACAAGUACAAAAUUGAAUUGCAAAUGAGCGACACGAGCGGACAACCGGGCAAGAGUCCGGCACCCGAGGCUAAGCCAGAAGGCAGGGAGUUUCUGGAUGAAGGGUCCAAGGAGGAUCUACUGGCGGACACGCAGGUGAUACGCCGGAGUCUGGAGAGCCAACUCGAUAAACUGCGCGAGGAGAAGAGGUGGGCGGAGCAGUGCAAUACCCAGCUUAAGAUCGACCUCGAUAAAAUCAAAAAGCGAUACAACGCCCUGGAGUCGGACUUUGAGGCCAUGGUGUUGGAGAAGGAGCUCAAGAUACAUUCGCUCGAACUGGCCCAGAUUCGAUGCCAGCAGCUGGAGCCAGAGAACGUGAGCCAGCAGCAGUACAUCACGCAGCUGGAGGCCAGGCAGUCGACCUUGGAGAACACCAAUGCCCAGCUGAAUAGGCACUUGAAUGACAUCGUGGCUGAGAUGAGUUCGUUCAAAGAUAUUUUACUCAAGAAUAAUAAGUCUCGCGUGGGUUUUUUUUGUCGAGAUGAUACUGUCACGCUGAAAAAGCAACUGGAAGGGCGGGACAAGGAGAUGCACCUGCUGAUUGAGCAGGAGCACGAGACACUAAAUACCGUGGCCACAUUGUAUGAGGAGAAAACACGACUGCAGCUGCGCAUUGUGAAAAUGGAAAAGAAAUGGGGCGCAUAUGCGCUGCGCCUGGAGCUGGAUCGGCACAAAGGCCUCUUGGUAGCUGCCCAAACGGAGGUGGAUCGGUUGACCCAACUGCACGCAGAGACGCAGGCAGGCGAAAUGAGAGCCAGAGAACUGCAGAUUCCCAAGUCCACGCCAGCGAAUGCCACUGUGCAAGCGUCGCACUUGCCGGCUCCAGCCCCAGCCCCAGUCGCAGUGCCAGUGGCAGUUACACCGCCUGUGGCGGAGGCUGUGCCCAAGCCAGAAGUAGUCGCCACUAGUGAUGCCCAAGAUGUGGAAUUCGGUCAGCCAGGCCAGCCGCUUCGUCAGUUCGAUGUGUGCCAAAAGUGCAGAAAAAUGGAAGUGAAGCGUGGCUCUGGUCACAAGAGUAAUUUUCUCGCAUGUAAGAGUUGCCAGCAAAAAUGGCAUUUUAACUGCCUUCCGCUGAAAUGUGAUGUCCUGGCCGUUGCACGCAAGAAAUACAAGUUCCCGGCUUGCCGCUACUGCCGCGUUUGCGGUACUAAGGGUGAAGAUCUGGCCAUCUGCUCUGAGUGCGUAUAUUCCUACCACCGCGAUUGCCAUGAUCCGCCAUUGGCCGCCUCUAGUCUUGGCGAGAGCCAGUGGAAAUGCCACGGCUGCGAGUUCGGCACUAACAACCAUAACAACUAUUCGGCCAGUCGGAUCCCGCUGGUCAGGAGCAGUCGCCACCAGCCAAGCAGGCAAAACUUCAGCAAGAAUCGAAGGAGCAGUCAACAAAAGCAGACGCAGACUCAGUCUCAGUCGCCGCCACAGCCCUAGAUCCAGCCACCAAGAAUGGUGAACCAAAGGAAGAGGAAAAACUCAAAAAGAGAAAAUCGAGGGCAAGGGCGAGUGAGGGCGAGAAAAAUCGUAUGUCUACGGAUGAACUGUCAAUGUGUCAAUGGAGCCUUUUGUAGUAGAGGAGAUCAACGAGGAGACCAACGAAGAGCCAGAAAUAAAUCUGGAUGAACCUGUACAAGAACAAUUUGAUGUAAAUGGGCCAGAAAAUCAGGCCGAAGGAGCUCUCCCCGAGGGAGAGUCAGAAAUGCCGCUGGAGAACA